AUGACUUCUCUUUCUAAUGACUGUAAAAAUGAUCAAUCAUCAUCAUCUAAUAAUAAUAGCUCUGAUUCCGAUGAUGGACAAUUAUAUAUCUUUUGUGAUUUAUUGGACCAGACAAAGUUUAUCAAAUCCACAAAAACAACCAAAUCAACUUCUGUUUGGGGUCCAUCUAAAAGAAAAGAGAAAAAGAUGAAUGAUCAAUACUAUUUGUUGCAUACUACUCCAAUGACUUAUUAA